AUGCUCGACAUCGAUUGGAAGGGCCUUGCCCUCCCCUUUGCCUAUGUUCUGGUACUCGGCAGCGCACUCAUGACAUUCUCGACGAUCUACCGAAAGCGACAGGCCGCCGAGAGCGCCAACCUGGCCCCAUGGUUCGGCCCUCAUCUCCAGCGCAACGUUUACCUUUCCCUACUGCACCUCGAGGACGACACAGAAAAGGGCCCCAAGGUUCCUGACAGCAUUCUACGUGCUGCCCUAUUGCGCCGCGCCGUCGAGGACAUCCGCCGUCUGAUCCAGAUCAAGUCUGCCAAGCAAGCAUGUGGCUCUUUGCUGGCACGGGGUAGUGUGGGUGAUGACUUGUGGCAGCGAUUCCAGCGCGCCGAGAAGGAGAUGGAGGAGGAGUUGAGAGAUGUUGUCACAGAGGCCAAUGCCCUUGCACCUAACUGGGGCCAGUCGAUUUUCCAGUCUGCCCAUGAGAUGACUGCCAAUGCUGCUAUGCGCGGCUCCAUCGAGGAAAUUCUCGCCCAGGCCGAGUCAGAGAAGCAGUGGUGGGAGAAGCGCCGCGGACAGAUCCAAACAGAGUUCAUGAAGGAGCUUGAUGGCUCCGAACAGAGCUCUUCUGCAAACACUACCAGCGAGGAUGGUGUUAUGGUCGACACUCCUGGAAAUGGCCAGAAGGCUGGCAACGUGUAG